AACCAAACAAGGAACGCAGCAUGUCGUACAACAAUCGGUUUGGCAAUGGCGGCCGCGGCGGUGGUGGCGGAUAUGGAGGAGGCCGUGGCGGACGAGGCGGAGGACGCAUCAAUCGUAUUCAGAACAGGGGGCCAGGCGCCGAAGUCUGUGCGUUUUACCUUGACGAUCGAUGCACACGGGCCGGCUGCAAUCACCCGCACUUCGUCAAGCGCUUAGGCGUCGCGCACGGUCACACGAGCGCCGUCAAGGACGUGGUGCUGUGGGAAGGCAAGCAGCAAGCGUUUACGUGCUCGAACGACGGCACCAUCCGCCUCUGGGACUGCGCGACGUGGAAAGAAAUCGCGCAGAUUCCAGUGUGCAACGUCGAGCUCGACAUUCGACCGACGGAGCGCGACAAGAAGAAAAUGAGCGAAGGCAUCGCCGCCCUCCACUUGGAAGGCUCCCACUUGUUUGUGGGGUACGAAGAGCCGAUCCCACAACUCCCGGGGUGUCCUGUGGGCAAAAUCAAGUGCUGGAACCUCGACAACCCCGCCGCGCCUCCCCUCGAGUUCAUGGUCAGCCCUGAGAUGCCGUUUGCUCACUACCGCAACGUGUGGGCUCUCACGGUCGCCAAGAAUCCUGCGACAGGUGAGCUGAUUGUGCUCAGCGGCUCUGGCGACGGCCGCAUCCGGUACUGGACGUUUGACGCGGCCAUGGGCGGCUUCAAGUGCGGCGGACUUAUGGAAGGUCACUCCCGCGGCAUCACGCGACUGAAAACUGUGCAAUUGGGCGGCACCAUGGCCCUAAUCUCGUCGAGCAUGGAUCAUACAAUUCGGAUCUGGGACCUGUCGACAUUCAAAUGCGGCACAGUGUUGACGUCAGCGAACGAGGGCCAUGCCAACGUCGUAAUGGACUUGGACGUUUGGGUGAACGGGGCGGAGCAGUACUUGAUCAGUGGUGGCCUCGAUAAGCAAGUGAUUGUAUGGAACUUGGCGCCGCCAUUUGCUAAAGUGUUUGCGGAUACGGUGGACUUGCCAAUUCUGUCGUUGAGCGUCGCAACGGAUGGCCAGGACGCGCCGCUUUUGCUCAUGGGCCACGAUGAUGGGACGAUUUCCGUGAAGGAACUACCGUCGUUCAAUUACAAGAUGUCAUUUGGGAAAGUACUCAACAACGUCGGGCACACGCAGCCUGUGCGACGGAUCAUCCCUGGCCCGCUGCAUACGUUUUUCACGGUCAGCAUGGACAACAAGAUGAUGGCAUGGCAAGUGACGGGCAAAGCAGCCGACAUUCCCGUGUCGAAUUGACAUACGACCUAGUAUGUGCUACUAAUAGUACAUGUAGGUAGAGUAUUAAUAGUAGAGCGAGACACAAUAAUACACGAGUACUGAUAUGGAUAACGU